UUUUAUCCAUCACAACUCAUUUUCAUUCGAUACAAAAUUGAAAAUUCUCCAUUUUAACGUGUUCACUUUGUCUUCUCUCUUCUUCAUCGGCAUCACUCUCCCUGGUUUUCAUCUUCUUCAUCUUCGACUCUCCACGUCCCCAAUUAGAUCUGAUCCAUGAUCGCUCCUUCUCAAACGAAGAUCUGAUCGAUUCUUCCAUCAAUAAUCCAAUCAUGGCAAAUGUAUCUUCUUCCUCUUCUCUUUACUCCCUUUUACCUCAACCUUCUCCUCCCAAUCAUUCCCACUUUGCACCACGAUCUUCCUCCUUUGCUUCCCCUCAUCAAAUUAAUGGCUUCUCAUCUCUCUCUUUUCGCCAAUCCAAAAAAAGUUCUCCUCUUCGAGUCCUCUCCAUGGGACGCCAAUCUAAAGCAACAGUGGUGUCGGGGCAAUCAUGGAACACAUCGGUUCUUGACAGCAAAACUCCGGUGCUGGUCGAGUUCUACGCCAGUUGGUGUGGACCAUGUCAGAUGGUGCACCGAGUGAUUGAAGAAAUCGCCGGCGAGUACGCCGGAAAAGUGAAGUGUUUCGUGCUGAACGCCGAUCAAGACCCACGAAUUGCAGAGGAAUAUGACAUCAAAGCUGUGCCGAUUGUGUUGGUGUUCAAGAAUGGAGAGAAGUGUGAAUCGGUGAUUGGGACGAUGCCUAAAGAGUUCUAUGUUGCUGCCAUUGAAAGGACCUUGGCUUCUUCAUCUUGAACAUUUUUAGAAGGGUUUUUAUGUACUUUCACACUUUCUGUUAAAUACAUUUGAUUUUCUUUUUCUCAUUUACAAAUUUGAGUAUUUAAAACAAAAGUUUUAUUGUCUUUUUGGGGCGUAAUCAGUUUGUUUAUAUAUUUAUAAAUAGACCAUAUAUGUAUAGAUG